UUUCGCUGGCUCUGAUCAACGACAAACCUCUCUCGACAACUACGACACCGACGACAACCCCGCCAUUUCUCCCACAAACCGUCGAGAUGGCAUCCCGUCCUACAGUCACCAUCUUGUCCGCCGAUGGCUCUGCCAGCGGCGCGACUCACCCUUUGCCAAAGGUCUUCACCUCGCCUAUCCGACCGGAUAUCGUUCAGACAGUCCACACAGGAAUGGCCAAGAACAAGAGACAGCCAUACGCCGUCAGCGAGAAGGCUGGUCACCAAACCUCUGCUGAGUCCUGGGGAACUGGUCGUGCUGUUGCCCGUAUUCCCCGUGUCUCUGGAGGAGGAACCCACCGUGCUGGACAGGCUGCUUUCGGUAACAUGUGCAGAUCUGGUCGCAUGUUCGCUCCUACCAAGGUCUGGAGAAAGUGGCACCAGAAGAUCAACCUCGGACAAAAGCGAUACGCCGUUGCUUCUGCCUUGGCUGCUUCUUCCGUCCCGGCUCUCCUUUUGGCCCGUGGUCACCAAGUCUCCACCGUCCCAGAGGUUCCUUUGGUCAUCAACUCCGAGGUCUUCGCCGCUGGAGCCAUUGCCCGCACAUCCUCUGCCGUCGGUCUCUUGAAGUCAGUCGGUGCCUCCGCAGACGUUGCCAAGGUCAAGAACUCCCGCAAGCUCCGCGCAGGUAAGGGUAAGCUCCGUGGCCGCCGUCACCGUCAACGCCGUGGACCUCUCGUCGUCUACGACCCAGAGGUCGACGGAAAGGAGCUCUCCCUCGCUUUCCGCAACAUCUCCGGUGUCGAGACCUCCUCCGUCUUCGCCCUGAACCUCCUCCAGCUCGCCCCAGGUGGCCACCUCGGUCGCUUCAUCAUCUGGACCUCCGCCGCCUUCAAGGCCCUCGAUACCAUCUACGGCUCGACCACCUCCCCAUCUGACCUGAAGAAGGACUUCCUCCUCCCAUCCCCAGUCGUCCAACAAGCAGAUAUCGGCCGUCUCAUCAACUCCUCCGAGCUGCAAUCCGUCAUCCGCGCCGCCAUCGGUCAGGCACGCACCAAGCGCGCCGGUGUUCAGAAGAAGAACCCGCUCCACAACAAGCAGGUCCUCCUCCGUCUGAACCCAUACGCCGCUGGCUACAGCAAGGACAAGAUCGGCACGAAGGGUCUGGAUGCUGGCAAGCCGGAGCGUGCUGCCAAGACUCCUUUCGCAGCUGUUCUCAAGGAGGAUUAGAUUUCUGGUCUUGGCUUGUAGUUCAGUUCGGCGGGGGCGUUUGUGCUUUUUAUUUUCUCACUCAGAAAAGGGCAGGGAAUUGGAAUGAAUUGGCUGUGUGAGCGUGGACUCGUAUGAAGGUCUUCGUCUGCAUGGCUGCUGUGGCUGCUUACAUACAAAGUAAUGAACAGUCGCAAUGAUCACCCAAAAAAAAACCACCAUGUUCUCCGUAAUGAGACCGUGAUAGGGAUGCCUUUGAUCCGAAGGCUUGACUCCAAAAACAACAAUUUUGCUCUUGCAAAUUUGAAUGCUUCUACCUCCCUUCCGGAGACUCAUAGGGAGGAAGCUGAGUGUCCCUGCCAAGACCAGAGGAUUGGAUUCUUGUUAAAAGCCAGGAUUGGUUAUGACCACGACCUUGAAGAUAUCCCAUGCUGUAUUUCUAGUUUCGGAACGAGAACAUUUGCCGUCUCUGCACAUAUCUUGUUCAACUUUCCAACUUUUUUGGGGAGGGG